GUGUAGACCAUUCAAACUUCGAACAUUGAACGGAGGUGCGAACUGCGAAGAUCAACGCAACUCGAUUUCACUAACUCUUGACUACGUUUGUGGUUUCUUGCGGCUUUUCUUCCCUAAACCUAGUGUGGAAAAAUAACAAUUGUUUCACUGAAACAGCAAGAGAAAGGAAGAGUGCCAUUUCAAGGGUUUCCACAGGUUAUACUUGAUUUUGGUAAAAAGCAUAGAAUCAUAAUUAAAAGGUGAGUCCAUGAGUGGUAAACGCAGAAGGUCUGAAACUUCAUGGGACAUGAAACAAGACAAAAUCCCUCCACCAGAAUCCAAUGAUUCUAGGAGGCCAUCUUGGGAAGGAAACAGAAAAGUGCCAAGAAAUGAUGACAUCAGAAGAGACAACAAACAUAGGAAUUUUGAUGAUGAAUGGGGAAAGCAACAUACCACAUACAGGGAUCGAAGCAGGAGUCCCAUUCAAAGUAGGAGCAGGAGUAGAGGCAGAGAGUGGGAAAGUAGGAGGAGCCCAUUUUAUGAUGAUAGACACAAAUCUAAUGACUAUGGAGAUGAUGUAAGAAACAAUGCAAGAUGUGAUAACAUGAAAGAAAGUUGGAGGCAUAGAUCAGAUCAUCUCUCUGGUGGUUCCAGAUACAGCAGAUUCCCUCACCAUAAAGAUGAUAGAAAUCAUGAUGAUGAUGAUGAUGACGAUGACAGGUGUCGAUCAAAUCGAGUUACUAAAAUCCCAUGCAAGUUUUUUGCUGUGGGUAAAUGCUAUCGUGAUAAUUGUAAGUUUUCUCAUGAUGCUUCUGCUUCAGACUCACAAGAUUAUGAUCGAAGGUCACAUGAAAACAUUCGGGCCCACAAGAACCGCACAUGGCAUCAUGAUCAUGAUCAACAUCCACAUGCAUCAGAUUUGUAUGAAAAGAAAAAGUCAUGGGAAUCAGGAGGUUUUGAUGAAAACAAGAAAACAACAUGGGAAUGGGAUUCUCAUGACAAGAAAAAGUCAUGGGAUAAUGAUGAUGCAUCAAACCCUAAUUUAGAUAACAAAAACAGAUCAUGGAAUGGUCCUUCAUGGGAUGAUGAUCAUGAAAAAACAAAGUCAAAGUCAUGGAAUGGUCCAUUGUGGGAUGAUUCAGGAUUAAACAAAAAAAGUUGUGAGAAAAAUGAUUAUUUUUUGCCUAAACAACAUAAUGUGGCCAAUGAUUCUCAUAUAAACAAUGAGAAUAUAGUUUCUGAAGAAGAACCCAACAAACAAAUUCUUACAUCUGUAGAAGAACAAGUUGAAAAUGGGAAGAGUCCAAAAAAGAAACAGGAAGUAAUUGGAAAUCUAGCUGAAAAUGCUCAGCAAGAACAAGAACAUAUCAACACUGAAAAAGUCGAAAAGGGUAGUAUUGGAAAUGAUGAAAAGUCUACACAACAAUGUAGGGAAAUAGAUCCAAAUCGGAGUAGUAGAGAUGAUGAUGGAGAGAAAUCCAGUGGAUAUGGUAAUGAUGUAAGAAGUAAUUCUGGAGGUGAUAAUUUGAAAAAAGAAAGUUGGAGUCACAGACAAGAUUACUCAAGAUCCAGCAGCCAUAAUAGAAAUUCAAGGAAUCAUUAUGAUGAUGAUGAAGCACGGAAUUAUGAUCGUAGGUCACAUGACAACCCUCGGGCCCACAACAAGAUGACAUGGCAUGAUGAUGAUUUAAAAGCAUCAGAUUUGUCUGAAAAGAACAAGUCAUCAUGGAAUGGUCCUACAUGGGAUGAUGUGGAAUCAGGUGGACUAAAUGAAAACAAGAAAACAACAUGGGAUUCUCAUAAUUUUGAUAACAAGAAAAAGUCAACAACACGGGAUGAUAUGUCAAACCCUAAUUUGGAUAACAAAAACAGGUCAUGGGGUGAUGUGGAAUCAGGUGGUUUUAAUGAAAACAAGAAAACAACAUGGGAAUCUCAGAAUUGUGAUGACAAGAGAAAGCCAACAACACGGGAUGAUAUGUCAAACGUUAAUUUGGAUAACAAAAACAAAAACGGGUCGUGGAAUGGUCCUUCAUGGAAUGAGGUAGAUGCAUCAAAGUCAAAUGCAAAAUCGGGGAAUAAUAUAGAUGAAAAGUCAAAGUCAUGGGUCAAAAUGGAUAAUAAUAAUAAUAAUAAGAAGAUGAGAAAUGAAAAGGGUUUUGAUCACUUUUUGCCUCAACAACAUAAUGUGGUCAAUGAUUCUGAUUUAAACAAUGAUAAUAUAGUUUCUGAAGAACCGAAUCAACAGAUUGUUACAACAGAGCAAAACCUCACGAAUGCCAUAGAUUACCUAAAGUCACUUCCCAAUUCUACUACACACAAUCAAGAGGGUAAUAUUGGAAACAAUAAUGUCAUGGAGAUUGAAAAUGGGAAGACUCCAAAAAAGAAGCAGGAGGAAUUAGUUGGAAAACGAAAAGCUAAGCAAGAAGAAGAACAUGUUAAUGAUGAAAAGGGGAAAGAGGGUAAUAAUGGAAAUGAUGAAAAGUGUAUGCGACAAUUUAGGGCUGCCCUUGUGGAAUUUGUGAAGGAGAUUCUGAAGCCGAAAUGGAAAGAAGGUAGGAUGACAAGAGAGGUUUACAAAAGUGUUGUGAAGAAAGUAAUUGAUAAAAUCACAACUACUAUUCAACAAGUCCAAAUCCCUAAAACACAACCAAAGAUUGAACUGUAUCUCACACACUCCAAACCCAAAAUCACGAAGCUUGUGGAGGCAUAUGUUGAAAAACUUGUAAAGGCUUAGCUUAGCAAAUGCUUGAGAAACGUUUUGGAAGUGGAUGUUGUUUUAUAGGAGUAGCUUCAGAAAUUAAAUAUGCGUAUAUAGCAUACCUGCAAGCAAAAAGUGUUGUUGAUCGUUACAAUUUGUAUUUUGAAUUGUGCUUUUUAGUUUGAUAACCCUCAAGGUUGAAAACAUGUCUGUGCAACUGCAACUGCU